UGUGUGCGCGCCGCUGCCGCUCCCGCCGCUGCCGCUGCCCGGGAACGCCGCUGCCAACGCCGCCCGCUCGAGCCGCGCCAUGCACGGCUCGCCCUGCUCGGACAUGGGAGAUGCGCCCGCGGUUGACAUUGUGGACAUCUAUGAGUCUAUUCGUGAACGGCAGCGUCAUGACAGUGAAAGGUCCACCUGCAGCACCUUGGAGCAGAACGACAUUGAAGCUGUUGAAGCCCUUGUUUGUAUGAGCUCCUGGGGUCAAAGAUCACAGAAAGGUGACAUAUUAAAGAUAAGGCCCCUCACGCCCUUCUCAGAUUCCGGGGAUUUCACAAUGCACGCCGAGGCUACGGCUGAAUUACCAAAGGACUGUCUAUCGACACUGUGCAUGACCCCUCCGCACAGCCCUGACUUUGUUGAGAUGUCGGCAGCUACGCUCCUGUCCUCACAAGUGACCUACUCCAAACCAAGGACUGUCAUGGCAAAUACAGCUGCCUGCUCAGUCACAUCAGCGACCAGUGCCUCUCCCAUAACCAAGCCAUCUGUUCCCAGCGUGGGACGACAGUGCAGUCAGAAGCCAAUGAUCUCUGAAUUCUCCGCACCUCAGCCUUGCAGGGCCAUGGCAACAAGUGUCAUACGUCACACAGGUGAUAGUUCUGCUUACCAUCACAUUCCUGCUGUGCAAGAGAAAACAAAGGUAACUUCAGGCUACAGCACUUCCAGAGACUGGUGUGGAGCGGAUGACCAAAAACAUUCCAGACUGCCACAGGACACGUGGGCUGCGGAUGAUUUAAUCAACAAAACCUCUCCAGUACAUCAGCCUUAUGCACAUGACUCCAGUGAUAUUGUGACCAAUAAAGGGCAGCUACCAGUCCGGCCAGUUUCGCCACAAACACACUUACCAAAGAAUUGUGAGAGUGACUUGCAAAAAAGAGCUACCCCAGUGACACCUGCCCCUGUCUCAAGCCCCCAGGUUCUCUGUCAAAUGAUCCCUUUAAAUGGACAAAGCAGCAUGAUUAAUGCCUAUGUCAAGCCUUCAACUCCGGCACUCUCAACUCCCAUGAAACCUAUUUUACCGCAGACAGCCCCGCUCUCCCAGCCUGUGCUCAUGGGACCUUCUGUGCCUCAGGGGACUGUCAUGUUGGUUCUUCCGCAGCCCGCUGUCUCACAGACGCCGCAGUGCCCGCAGGCCGUGGUGACUGUUGGCAGCACCAAGUUACUGCCCCUCGCCCCUGCUCCUGUGUUCAUCGCUUCUGGUCAGACCUGUGCCCCCCAGAUGGACUUCUCCAGGCGGAGGAAUUACGUUUGUGACUUCCCUGGGUGCAAGAAAACCUAUUUCAAAAGUUCCCACCUCAAAGCCCACCUUCGCACCCACACUGGUGAAAAACCUUUCAGCUGCAACUGGGAUGGCUGUGACAAGAAGUUUGCCCGCUCGGAUGAGCUGUCACGGCACCGCAGGACGCACACGGGCGAGAAGAAGUUCUCCUGUCCGGUGUGCGAGCGCCGCUUCAUGCGCAGCGAUCACCUGACCAAGCACACCCGCCGCCACAUGACCACCAAGAAGACCCCCAGCUGGCAGACAGAGGUUGGCAAACUCAGCAGAAUUGCCACAGCAGAGAAACCCAGGAGCAGCAGCGCUCUGAGUAUGCUCAUCCCCGUGCCAUCACCUGUCUGCCAGGGCUAGAGUGAAGAAGCACCUUCUGCAAACUUUCUGAAGAUCAGGAAGAGCUCCAGUGGCAACGGCAGAAUGGGCAAUGGCUUUUGUUUUCCCCGUGUUUGUGUGUACUUUAGUUUCCUGCAGUUUAGGUCCUCUGUUGAUAGUGCUAUGUGAGAAAUCUAUCAUAUUUCCUCGUCCCUUCCCUGUUGGUUUUUUUCAGUACUUGGGCAAUUGCAAUCACCAGCACUUCAGGAAAGUAGAACUCCUUGGAAAAUAUUUUGGCAAUAGGUUAAAAAAAUUGUAGUUGUAAUGCUUGCUGUUAAUAUUUUGAUGGACAGUAAAACAGGGUGGUUUUUAAUUUUUAUAGUACUAUUUUCUAUACCAAAUAUAUUUUGUAUUUGUUCAUUUUGGUCUUGUCAUGCAGGCAAAUUACUUGCAUUAGUAGGGCUGUGCUGGAUGAGACCCAGAGUUUUGGAAACUCCUUUUCAGUAAACCUAAACUAUUGUAUUCAGAGUGUUUUAUAAACACUUAACCAUUUGAUAACUCAUAUUGGUUGGUGUUUUCACACUUGGAGAUCCUGAUCCUGCAAUGGGCUAGUGCUCUUACACUCUCCUUAUGCAGGUACAUUGGAGAUCAAAGCGAGUCAGUAAUUUUUAAAACAAACCAAACCAGAAUGACCUUAUUUGAGAAUACAAGUGCUGAAAUCCUCAACAUUUUAUGAGUUCAUACCCUUUGCAAGUAGAAGCUGAUGUGGCUGUUGGUAGAAGCAUUCUUGAGACCACAUUCCACUGGAGCAAAGUUUUGAGGAGCCAGACUGCUCUGAUGGAGAUAGAAGCACAAACACUGUUUAGAAAUUUUGACACUAAAAAUUAUGCUUUAUUUUUGGUCCUACUAAACCAACAUAUCAAAAUAAACUGAAAAAUGUGAAAAUGGCAAGAUAGCCCAUUACAAAUUAGUGGCUCUCUCUUUAUAUUUUUUUUUGAGUAGAGGAGAAAUAAAAAAAUUAAAGGGGUUUUUUUGUAUUGUGGAUGCUUGUGCACCUUAUAGGAAAUUGUUCAAGACUUUCCUUUACCUGUCUCAAUGCACCAGAGGAAGUACUAAUUGUGUCUUGAGUUAAGAAAUAGCCACCAUGUCAACUUGAUGAUGCUCUUCAUGUGGCCUUAUACUUCUCCACAGUACUUUGUAUAAAAUCACCCUUUUCUAUUAAACAAUACACUCUCCCUGUUGAAUGGAUUUUCUUUUACACCAAGUGUAAUGAUAGUUAAGAAAUGGAACCAGUGGCUGCAGGAGUGCUGUGUUGUAAUAGCAUGGUGUGAGUAACAAAAUGUCCGCAGCACAAUGGGACUGCUCCAUUCCCGAGGUGCAGGAGUGUGUAUGUACUGUAGCAGCGCUGACAGGACAGCAAAGCACCAGGUGUGUUGCUGGGAGACAGCUCUUCCCCCCUGAAUGAAAUAUUUCUGGAGUGCUUAUUCCUUCUGGCCUCCUCUCCCUUCAGCCACUCCUGCACUGAAGCUUAGUUAAGCACUGAGGAGGAUUGUUCUUCCUAUAUGCGUGAACUGUGGAUAACUGGGAAUGCACUCUCUCUCCUACUGCUUUGUUCUGAAAUCCUGGUCUUGCUUCCCAGUGUGGGCAAAGCACGGAUCUCAUCUAUGGAAGUGCUGACUUGCCAACCUCAGCUGGCACUCCCCUGAAAUUGGCAGAGACCUGUUUCAGUUAAAGCAGAUUAUGUCAUUAUUUUUUACACUAAAGUCUAUAGUUAUAAUUAACAGUAGUAAGUUUUCAAGCUGCACUAAAUUGGAGUAUUGUGCUAGGUGUACUGAAGUUUUUGUGCCUGACCUUGUAAAGGCCCACACCCUGCUCACUGACAGGCGCUGUAAUCCCACUGAGCCCAGUGUACGUGCCAGUGAGUGUGUGUGGGCCUUGCUUUGGACUCUCCAAAGGGCUCAGCUGGAACCUCUUUGCCUGGUGAAGUGGAUCCUUGUGGUGUUGCUGUUCUCUGUUGCUACCUAGUUUUCCAAGUUUUUGUGGUGAACAAAGAGAUGUUGCUGCUCUUUUUUUUUUUUUUUUUUUUCUCCUCAGAAAUCCCUCAGAACAAGAAGUCUGACUUUUGGAUGCUGUUUUUGCAUGCUUUUAACCAGGAGAAGCAUGUCCUGUCUCAGUUUAGUAGCCAGUUUAGCACUUCAUUUUUUUACAGACUAUUUAUGGUGCUCACCUGAGAAAACAAUUUGGAAACUCUUGUCAUAAUUAUAUAAAUUGUCAUGGUUUUUGCAUUAUGGGGGGAGGAAAACAGUGGACUUGGAGAAUAGACUUCUUAAAAGUGUGUCAUGUAUGCGUGUCACGAUGUGGAAAAGCAACUGCUCCCUCCUUGUUUGGGUGUACCUGGCCUGCAGUUCUGGCAGCCGUUCUGGGGUGUGUGGAUCGUUCUCUCGUGGACGUGCGUGAAUAGCUGUGCCGCGGUGUGGCUCUGUCUGCUCUCUCUGUUCCUUCCUGCUGUGUAAGGGUUAUUUAUGGAUUAAGCAUGACUGGCAUAGCUGCUGUCCUUGCACUUUACUGCCUGAACUCUACUGUUCAGUCUUUUUAUUUUGAGCCUAUAUUUUACGGAAAUGGAACUGCAUUUUUGUACGUGUUUUUAACUUUUAUUAAAUAAAAUGUAUGUAAUGUGA